GGCCGCGAAAUCCGUGAGCGCAGCGGAGGCGGGGCUUGGCGUGGCCCCUCCUUCACCUCCUCCCGCCAGGGUGGUGGGGAGAGGGUCUCCGCGUCCGGGACUGGUUGUCCCGGACGCCGAGACCAGUGUGGAGGAGGGCCCAGGACGCGCGGGUCAGAAGCAGGGACAGAUUCAGGACACUGGGGUCUGGUCCCGAGUAAAGGAGGCCCCACUGCCCCUGGGUCUCCCAAGCCUGCUUCAGUUUGCCUUCGCAAGUAAACGGGGCUGGACCCUCCACUUUGGCCCCGGAGUACUUGACGUCUGGUCCCAUCCUGGUCUCAAUGCACUGCUCUUUGUGGCCUCGUUUCACCAGCCGUCUGCCUGUCGCCAUGCUGUCCCUGUGCCUGUGCCGGUUAUGGCCCCGCAGCCCUCCCACCCGGCUCUUCUCAGCGGCCACCGGGCAGCGGUCUGGCCCCAGGAACUACUAUGAACUGUUAGGGGUGCAUCCUAGUGCCAGCACUGAAGAAGUUAAACGAGCUUUCUUCUCCAAGUCCAAAGAGCUGCACCCUGACCGGGACCCCGGGAACCCGGCCCUGCAUAGCCGCUUUGUGGAGCUGAGCGAAGCAUACCGAGUGCUCAGCAGGGAGGAGAGCCGCCUCAGCUAUGAUCGCCAGCUCUGCUCAGCCACUUCUCCAAAGUCUCCAGGAAGAACAGCCCGUCCUGGGUCUGCUCAAGCACACAGCUCCUGGGAAUCCCCCAAUGCCCAAUACUGGGCCCAGUUUCACAGUGUGAGGCCUCAGCGACCGGAGUCGAGGCAGCAGCAGCACAAACACAACCAGCGGGUGCUGGGGUACUGCCUCCUGAUCAUGUUGGCGGGCAUGGGCCUGCACUAUGCUGCUUUCAGGAAGCUGGAGCAGAUCCACCGCAGCUUCAUGGAUGAAAAGGAUCGGAUCAUCACAGCCAUCUACAAUGACACACGGGCCCGGGCCCGGGCCAGGUCCGUCCCUGCUCUGUCCUGCCUUCUCUUUACUGUCCUGCCCUCACCCUCCGGGAUCCUCUGUCGUGACCACCCAGGUGCUCUCUCCCGCAGGGCCAACAGAGCCAAGCUCCAGGAGCGAGUGCAGAGGCAGCAGCUGCAGCCCCGACCUGGAGGCCCAGAGAUCCCAGAGAUCGUGCCUCCGGGCACAGGCCCCGGCCCCGGAGCGGCCCGCUAGGACGGGGCCUGCUCUGUGUUGUUACCUCCUUGCUAUCCCGAGGGACUCCCACUCCCCAAAACGCGUGCAAUAAAAUGAUUCUCAAAGCUCA